AUGAAUUUCCCAAUUGGCAACCCCUCAUGGGGUCGUCAAUGGCCUCAAAUUCUAAUAGCACUAGCCAUCCUCUUCACAUCCAACUCUAUAAAAAUGGUUUCAAGCAAUUCAGAUGAGUACACGUCACCUCCACCGCCAUCAUCAUCACCUCCACUAUCAUAUAUAUACAAAUCACCCCCACCACCGUCCCCUUCGCCACCUUCACCUUACUAUUACAACCCUCCACCACCACUGUCUCCGUCACCUCCACCACCGUAUUACUACAAAUCACCACCACCGCCAUCUCCAUCUCCUCCACCACCGUAUUACUACAAAUCUCCACCACCACCUACUCCAUAUCCUCCACCACCUUACUAUUACAAGUCACCCCCGCCGCCUUCACCAUCUCCACCACCUCCUUACUAUUAUAAGUCGCCACCACCCCCAUCACCAUCUCCACCGCCACCUUAUUACUACAAAUCCCCACCACCUCCUUCUCCAUCACCUCCACCACCACCAUCACCAUCUCCUCCACCACCAUACUACUACAAAUCUCCACCACCGCCAUCACCAUCUCCUCCGCCACUAUACUACUACAAAUCUCCACCACCGCCAUCACCAUCUCCUCCACCACCUUACUACUACAAAUCUCCACCACCACCAUUACCGUCUCCACCACCACCUUACUACUACAAAUCUCCACCUCCACCAUCUCCAUCUCCACCACCACCAUACUACUACAAAUCUCCACCUCCACCAUCACCAUCUCCUCCACCACCUUACUACUACAAAUCACCACCACCGCCCAUGCCAACUCCUCACCCUUACCACCACCUACUCGUCUUGAAGGUGGUGGGAAAGGUCUACUGUUACAGAUGCUAUGAUUGGGGAUAUCCCGUGAAAUCGCAUGAGAAGAAACACCUGCAAGGUGCGGUUGUGAAAGUUACGUGCAAGACUGGACAGAAGGAGAUCGUAGCCUAUGGGAAGACUAAGAUCAAUGGAAAAUACAGUGUUGCUGUUGAAGGUUAUGACUAUAGAAAAUGGGGAGCCAAAAGAUGCAAGGCAGUGCUCUACAUGCCUCCAAAGGGCUCUAUGUGCAACAUCCCUACUAACCUCCACGACGGAAAGAUUGGAGCCAUGCUCAAAGUAAAAUCCAAUACCUAUGAAGAAGUUGUCCUCCAAGCCAAGGCCUUUGCCUAUGCACCCAAGUCACCUUCCAAGGAAUGUGAGAAGCCCCACCCAAAACCACCAGUCUACCAAUAUAAGUCCCCACCACCCCCAACCCCCACAUACUAUUACAAAUCCCCACCACCCCCAACACCCAAAUACUACUACAAAUCCCCGCCACCUCCAUCCCCAACUUACUACUACAAGUCUCCCCCACCACCAUCACCCUCUCCUCCUCCUCCAUACUACUACAAGUCCCCACCUCCACCAUCAUCAUCUCCUCCUCCUCCAUACUACUACAAGUCACCCCCGCCACCCUCACCUUCCCCACCACCUACCUAUUACUACAAGUCUCCGCCGCCACCAUCACCUUCUCCACCACCUCCCUACUACUACAAGUCACCGCCACCACCAUCUCCAUCUCCACCACCUCCUUACUACUACAAAUCACCGCCACCACCAUCCCCAUCUCCUCCUCCUCCCUACUACUACAAAUCACCGCCACCACCAUCCCCAUCUCCUCCUCCUCCCUACUACUACAAGUCCCCACCUCCACCUUCCCCGUCUCCUCCUCCUCCAUACUACUACAAAUCCCCUCCCCCACCAUCCCUGUCGCCUCCUCCUCCAUACUACUACAAAUCACCACCCCCACCAUCGCCAUCUCCUCCACCUCCAUACUACUACCAAUCACCACCACCACCACCACCAUCUCCUCUACCUCCGUACUACUACCAAUCACCACCACCACCAUCGCCAUCUCCUCCACCUCCGUACUACUACAAAUCACCACCCCCACCAUCGGCAUCCCCACCUCCUCCAUACGUCAAUGCAUCCCCACCACCUCCCACUCACUACUGAGCAUGAGACCCAUCUCUUCUACUCACUCAUGUUUCAAGAGGGGUAGUGAAAGAUGGGAACGUUGAAAGAGGGCCAGCUUCUUGUUUCCCGCUUUGUGGGUAUUUGGUAAUAAGUGUCUUAACCAUAUGAUGAAGAGCUUGAUUAACCUUGGUAACACAUGCCCAAAAGCUUCUAUGAUGGCCAUGCUACAUUUCUUGUACUUUGCAUAUUCUAGUAGGAUUGGGUUUAAAAGAUAAUCUGGCCAGCACACCUGAAAAGGAAGAAAAGGAGAAGAACACCAUUGCUGCCAUUAUAUAUUAUUUUCCUUUUUAUUUUUCAUGAUUUCUUUAUUUGUGGGUAUUUGUUUAUGAAGCUUUCUUGUGCUAUUUGCACUGAUUGCUAUUAAAUAAAAGAUAUUUAUUUGCUGUUUA